AUGACGCGGCCGCACUCACUUCUCGCUCUCGCGGCGACCGCCAUCGUGUUGGCGGCAUAUUUUCCCGAUAGAUUACUAGUUGAUGCUGCUGCUGCUUGCAAAGGAUGUGCGCCACCAUGUGUGUGCCCAGGAACAAAAGGAGAACGGGGUAAUCCGGGAUUUCCUGGAGAGCCAGGACAUCCAGGACCGCCAGGUCUCGACGGACCUGAAGGAGCAAUCGGCGCUCCGGGAAUGACAGGAUCCGAAGGCGAUUUCGGAGACAUUGGACCGAAAGGAGCACGCGGAGACCGCGGACUUCCUGGUGCGCCAGGACAUCCGGGUCUUCCAGGCCUCGACGGACUGCCAGGACUGAAAGGCGAGGAGGGAAUUCCCGGAUGUAACGGAACCGACGGAUUCCCCGGAUUGCCGGGUAUCGCCGGACCGCCGGGAUUGCCCGGAAAUCCCGGUAAUCCGGGACGGCCGGGAUUGCCCGGACCACCGGGUGAGGGCGGUAUCAAUUCGCCGGGACGCAAAGGAGAGAAAGGAGAAUCCGGUCGGCCGGGAAUCCCUGGCAUGCCAGGACAGCCGGGAUUCCCCGGAUUGAAGGGCGCGAAAGGAGAUCCAGGACCGAUGGGCCUUCCGGGAUUCCCGGGACCACCAGGAUUGAAGGGUCGCAUGGGUGUGCGAACGCCGGGAGUCAAAGGAGAGAAGGGUCUCGCCGGACCACCAGGACCACCCGGACCACCAGGAUCCUACCCGUGGGCUUCGAAGCCGAUCGAGAUGGAAGUCCUUCAAGGACCAGUCGGAAAUCCAGGAGUGAAAGGAGAAAAAGGACGCGAGGGACCAGUCGGACCACCAGGAUUCGUCGGAGUUGACGGGCUUCCGGGAUACGCGGGAUUGAAGGGACAAAAGGGAGAUCCGGGAGACGCCGGACAACGAGGAAAACGCGGAAAAGACGGUGUGCCUGGAAGCUACGGAGAGAAGGGAUCGCAAGGAGAACAAGGACUUCCGGGAAAUUCAGGAUAUCCAGGAGUUAAGGGAGAAGCUGGAGAGCCUGGAUAUCCAGGACGGCCAGGAGAGGAGGGAGACUGUGGACCCGAGGGAAAAUUGGGAGAAGGCAAAGGAGAUGCGGGACCAAGAGGACCACAAGGAUACGACGGUGUUCAAGGACCCAAAGGAUUGCCAGGAAAGAACGGACUUCCCGGACCGGUGGGACCACGCGGCCCUGUUGGAGCGCCAGGACUUCCAGGAGUUCCAGGCCCUGACGGACUUCCAGGAUAUUCGGAGAAAGGAGAUCGCGGAGAUGACGGCUAUCCAGGAUUCGCCGGAGAGCCGGGACUGCCGGGAGAGCCAGGAGAUUGCGGUCUUCCCGGAGAGGACGGCCUUCCCGGAUAUGACAUUCAAGGACCACCAGGACUCGACGGACAACCAGGACGCGACGGCUAUCCGGGAAUGCCGGGAGACAUCGGAGAUCCGGGAAAUCCGGGUGAAAAGGGAUUCCCAGGAACCGGCGUCAACAAGGUCGGACCACCGGGAAUGACCGGUUUGCCGGGCGAGCCAGGACCGCCAGGACGCAUCGGAAUCGACGGCUAUCCGGGAGCGCCGGGAGAGCCGGGACCACGAGGAGACGACUGCGGCUACUGUCCGGACGGCGCUCCGGGAGAGAAGGGAGACAGCGGAAGUCCGGGAGUCGACGGAUAUCCUGGACCACCAGGACCGAACGGAGACCACGGUGAUUGCGGAGAGCCGGGAAUCCCAGGAAAGCCGGGUAUGCCGGGACCAGACGGACUUCCAGGAUCGCCUGGAUUACCGGGAAUUCCAGGAUACCCAGGUCUCAAGGGAGAAGCCGGAGAGAUUAUCGGACCAAUGGAGAAUCCGCCAGGCGUCGACGGAGCCAAAGGAGAACGCGGCCUUCCGGGAAUUCCGGGAAAACCGGGUCGCGAAGGAGCUCCAGGAUUAGCUGGCGGUCAGGGACCUGACGGAUUCCCGGGAUUGCCGGGUGAGGUCGGCCUUCCAGGAAUUCCGGGAAAACGUGGACGCGACGGAAACCUCGGUCUUCCGGGACUUCAAGGACCAGUCGGAGAUUCGAUUCCGGGAAUGCCGGGACCACAAGGACCAAAAGGACCACGCGGAGAAGACGGUCUUCCGGGACUCCCAGGAGCCACCGGAUUGCCAGGAAUCCCAGCGCCACAGCGCAUCAUCAAUCAGCAAGCUGGUUUGCCGGGACUUGACGGUGUUCCAGGACUUCCAGGAGAUCGAGGAGCCGACGGGCUUCCAGGAAUUCCAGGACCGGUUGGACCCGACGGAAUCCCUGGCAUACCAGGCGAACGCGGAAUGGACGGACUUCCAGGAUUCCCCGGACUUCAUGGCGAGCCGGGACUUCGUGGACCACAAGGAGAAGUCGGAUUCAACGGACUCGACGGAGACUGCGGAGAACCUGGUGCUGAUGGUUAUCCAGGACAACCAGGUCUACCGGGAGCACAAGGAGAGACCGGAUACGGAUUCCCAGGACAAGUCGGAUACCCAGGACCAAAGGGAGACACUGGAGACAGUGGUUUGCCAGGACCAGACGGAUAUCCAGGACGCGACGGACUCCCAGGAACUCCUGGAUAUCCAGGAGAGCCGGGAAUGGCCGGACCAGACGGACCGCCAGGACUUCCGGGACCGGCUGGAGAGCGCGGAAUCGCUGGAUUGGAUGCAAAGCGAGGACGUCCAGGAGCGCCGGGACGAGACGGAAAUCCAGGAGUGCCGGGAUAUCCCGGAGAGAGCGGAUCGCCGGGACCCAACGGAAUGGACGGAUAUCCAGGACAGCCGGGAGAUCAAGGAAUUCCGGGAGCGCAAGGACCGCCGGGUGUUCCGGGAAUUCCGGGAGCACCGGGCGAGGACGGACUCAUCGGAUUCCCCGGACUCAAUGGACCACCAGGAGACAGCGGACUGCCGGGACUCGAGGGUGAAUGCGGAGAUGAGGGAGAUCGCGGACAAGACGGACUUCCGGGAUAUCCGGGAGAGACAGGAGCCGACGGAAUGCCAGGUCUUCGCGGAAAGGACGGACUCCCAGGAUUCGCUGGAGAAGUCGGUGACGCUGGACUGCCAGGAUACAAAGGAGCACCGGGAGAGCCGGGAAAUCAAGCCUACCCGGGAGCACCAGGAGAUGUUGGUUAUCCAGGACCUGACGGACCACCAGGUCUUCCAGGGCCAGACGGGCUUCCAGGACUCAACGGAGAAACAGGAGAGCCUGGCGACAGCUAUCCAGGACAGCCAGGAGUUCAGGGACCACCAGGCGAUGCCGGAUACGAUGGUCUCGACGGAAUCCCAGGACCACCGGGAUAUCCGGGAGCCACUGGUAUGCCAGGACUCAAGGGAGAAGGAGGAAUGCCGGGAUUGCCGGGACGUCAAGGAAACGACGGACUCCCAGGAGCGCCAGGGCUCGAGGGAGAUUGCGGAGACGAAGGACCAGCUGGACUUCCAGGGCUACCAGGAUUGCCGGGAAUUCCGGGACAGCCGGGUGAGAAGGGAUACCCGGGAUUGCCGGGAGAGAGCGGAUUCCCAGGAGCGCCAGGACAAGCGGGAGCUCCGGGACUCAAGGGAGAAGCCGGAAAUGAGGGACCAGCGGGAUACCCAGGAACCCCGGGACUUCCAGGAGCCAUGGGUGAUGUUGGCUAUCCAGGACCACCGGGUGAGAACGGAGACAACGGACUGCCAGGACGCGAAGGAAGCCCAGGACUUCGUGGCGAGCCAGGAGACGCUGGACUUCCAGGAAUUGAUGGACGCGAUGGAACCCCGGGACCAAUGGGAGCGCCAGGAGACGACGGACAACCGGGUCUUCCAGGAACUGACGCUUACGGACCACCAGGACCAGCCGGAGAUAACGGAUAUCCAGGAGCCGACGGUCUUUCGGGCACCCCAGGAUUGCCAGGAGAGCAGGGAACACCGGGCUACUUCGGACCACCAGGGCCACCAGGACAACACGGAGAGCCAGGAAUGCCGGGCUAUCCGGGAGAGCAGGGUCUUCCGGGAAUCGACGGAAAGCGCGGACACGACGGAGCACCGGGAGCACCGGGAGCGCCAGGAAUCGAUGGAGUCCCAGGAGUCGAAGGAGAUUGCGGUGACGAAGGACCGGCCGGAUAUCCGGGACCACCAGGAACCCCAGGAACGCCGGGAGAGCGCGGUGUUCCAGGACUGCCAGGACUUCCAGGACGACAGGGAGAAGUCGGAUACCCUGGAGCACCAGGAUUGCCAGGACAGAAGGGACCACGCGGAGACGACGGGCUUCCGGGACGCGACGGACUCGACGGCAUUCCCGGACGGCCAGGAUUGCCAGGACCACCGGGACCGCGUGCUCAAGUGCUCGCAAAUCCGCCGGGUCCCCCGGGAGACAACGGAGUGCCAGGAGAAAAGGGAUAUCCGGGAGUUCCGGGCGAGCCAGGACUUCCAGGACCGCCAGGAAAGGCCGGCUAUCCAGGAGCACCAGGACAAGACGGCCUCCCAGGAGUGCCGGGAACACCAGGAGUGCCAGGCACCAUCGGCGAGCCGGGACCGCAAGGAGGCCUCGGACGGCCCGGACAUCCAGGACCACCGGGCUAUCCGGGAACGCCGGGAACACCGGGACCAUGGGCGCCGAGUCGCGGUUUCACGUUCGCCAAACACUCGCAGAGCACAACGGUGCCGCAAUGUCCACCAGGCACCAGUCAGCUCUGGAACGGCUACUCGCUUCUCUACGUGCAAGGAAACGGACGCGCCAGCGGACAGGAUCUCGGUCAGCCGGGUUCGUGCCUCUCCAAAUUCAACACGAUGCCAUUCAUGUUCUGCAACAUGAACAGCGUUUGCCACGUGUCGAGCCGCAACGACUACUCAUUCUGGCUGUCGACCGAGGAGCCAAUGACACCAAUGAUGAAUCCAGUUUCCGGCACCGCCAUCCGACCCUACAUCUCUCGAUGCGCCGUGUGCGAGGUCCCAACGCAGAUCAUCGCCGUCCAUUCGCAAGACAUCAGCGUUCCGCAAUGCCCGCAAGGCUGGACCGGCAUGUGGACGGGCUACUCGUUUGUGAUGCACACCGCCGCCGGCGCUGAAGGCACCGGACAAUCGCUUCAAUCGCCGGGCUCGUGCCUCGAAGAGUUCCGCGCGGUGCCGUUCAUCGAAUGCCACGGACGCGGCACGUGCAACUACUACGCUACCAAUCACGGCUUCUGGCUCUCGAUCGUCGACCAAGACAAACAAUUCCGCAAACCAAUGUCGCAGACACUCAAGGCCGGUGGUCUCAAAGACCGCGUCUCGAGAUGCCAGGUGUGCCUCAAGAAUCGAUAG